AUGGUCAAUGUGUUUAAUUGGGCCAUCUGGGAAUGUGUGUGGUUUGGCUAUUUUUCAUGUGAGCAGCCAGGCUGUGUGUUUGCUGUUGAAGUGACAGUGAAGGACAAUCAUUUGAAUGCGACUGAAGGAGGAAAUGUCACUUUGCAAUGUACAUACACGACCACGAUGGAGAACUUGUCUGGUCUUAACAUCCAGUGGACUUUCCUUGGAACCACUACCAAGAAGCCCAAACAGCAGACCUCCUGUGCUACUGGUUACAAUAUGGAUGACAGCAGCGUGAUGCUUUGCCCCAAGACGGUACACAUGUUUGAUAGACGAGGAUUGUGUAGCUGGCAGCACCAGAUAUAUUUUUCUGAAGGCAAACAGAUAUACAUAAAUGAAGAGUUCAAAGGCAGAUUAGUGGCUACACAUGCCCCAGGAAAUGCAUCCAUUACCAUCGAGAAGCUGCGUCCGUCUGACACUGGGGAUUAUUUGUGUCAAGUUGAUAAUCCACCGGACUUUCAAGGCACUAACAUCAGAUCAAUAGUGCUCACAGUAUUAGUUCCACCCUCAAAGCCAACGUGUGUUAUUUCCACUCAUCCUGCGAAGACCAAUGCAGCAACACUCUCCUGUCAUUCUAACCAAGGUGUACCGACUCCAAAGUAUCACUGGGUGGAAAUUGUUAACAAUGUUCAUCAAAAUAUUUCUGAUCCAAGAACUGGAAUAUUGACCAUUUCAAAUGUUUCACAACAUGAACAUAGUAUUUACCAAUGCACAGCAUUCAAUAGUUUGGGAAAUGAGACAUGUACUGUCGAUCUGUCAGCACUCUUAGCUUCUGAGAAUGAUCACAUUAUAGGAGCCAUAAUUGGGGCAAUUCUGGCAGCAAUUGUGAUUGGAGCAAUUGUCUGGGUAAUUGCAAAGAAGACAAAGAAGAGGGCUAAGAAAAAUAUGGAGAAAGAUACUGAAUUUCAGGUCAAGCAAGAACCUAGGAAAACAUCUACUACAUAUGCAUCUGUCCCCACUGAUGAUGCCUCAGCAGCGGCAACAAAUGCGACUGAUGCUCAGUUGUCAGAGGCAUCUGAGGUACACAGCCAUCCAAAUGAAACUCCACUUUUGAGUGAAAAUGUUGUCCCCUCUGGCACUGAAAAAACACCAAAUGAAGAGAUUGAGGGAGUUGGUACACAUGCCGUUUAGUUUACCCUUUUUUUGCCAUAUUGGUGUACUACUUCAGCAGUGUCAGAAUCUGAAGUCCUACACAUGACAUAUUUUUAUACACCAACACAUUCUAUUAUAAUACCCAUUUACUAUUGACAAUGACUCUGGCAAUAAACUGAUUUUCCAUUGUAAUUGCAUUUGCAAUAAUUACGUCCAGGCCAAAUAACUAAAAUAAUCAUUCAAGUUAAAGUUAAUUUGAUGUAAAAUUGACUGAGGUAUAUUUUGCUGUGUGUAAAGUUUACUUUUCUAAACUUCCCUAAAAUAAUAAAAUGAUUUUUAUUUUACUUUGCACGCAGGCCAAAUUAUUCAUGCCCAAAAGUCCUCUUUAAACAUAAAUGCCAGAUAUCCUAACACCCCAUAUGAUUGACGUGCCACCUGAUGUUUCUAGACCAAUAACUAAAACAACAUAAGUGUUUCAAUUCAGAUUUUACAUUUGACUAAUGCACAGAGUGAGUAGUGGGAUCAUACAAUUGCAUCAGUAUUUCUCAAUCAAGCAGGGGAUAAAUGAAUCCAAGUUCCCGCUUCUCGCUAGUCUGUAAACACUAAUUUUGAAAUCAGCUUGACUGAAAUUCUUUUGUUGAAUAAUUUGUUAACAUUCACUAACAAGAUUUAUACAGAAAUAAUGUUUACUUCAGUGAGUUAUGUACAUAGAAAAAUUGUGAGUUGGCUUUUUAAGAUAUAUGUCGCUAAGUUAAGUAGGGAAAAUAUAGGUGGCAUUUUUGGCCCAUAAUUCUUAUUUCUGAAAAUUACUUGUACAACAGUGGAAAGUGGUUCCUGAAUAUGGAAUUAAUGUUAUUUUAGACAAAUCAUUUAAAAGGUAGUUCAACUGUUAAAUAAAUAUAUUAUAGGGGCUGAAGAAAAGAAUAUCAAAAUUGGAUUUGAAUAAUUAGCUCCAUGUAGUAAGCAUAACAGCUAAUGUGCCUUUUGGACACUGAAAUCUUAUUGCUUUUCAAAUUCAUUUCAUCAUAUCUUACUGCAUUUCAAAAUCAAUCUCAUUUUGAAAAUACUUCAAUAAUAGACUAACUAAUGUAAAUUAGAAACUGCACUAGUCCAUGGGCGACUCCCUUUAAAACCAAAUUAAUCGAAUUUAAGGCAUAAGAAACUUAGAAGCUGUGCAUACUGGAUAUUUUGUUCAGUGUUGCUGAAUAAUAAGCAUUGCUUAUUAUUUUCAUACAAGAACGGAAAAGUUAGUUGAUGAUAAUGUAACCAAUGUAAUUUUUCAAAAGUAAAAGGGUUUCUAUGUAAAGUUGUCCAGGUUUUAAAGAUUUCAAAUGCAUACAAAAACAUGUAAUAAUAAUUUUACAAAUGCAUUUCCAGGUGAUAUCUUUUGUGACAAAGUGAUUUUUGAAAAGUGUUGAAAAAAAUAUAAGGUACCUUUCUCAAUUUUUUUAAUAGCAAUCCUACUGGAUUAGCUGUGUGUCUGUAUCAAUUUUAUAAACUUUCUUAAUGCACUGAUGGGGGGAAAAUGUGUUACGUCUGCAGUUUAAACCAUGCCAUGCAGAUUACAUUGACUCUCUGUGUGGUAUUUAGGAACAGGAGUAAGCCAUUCAGCCAAAGAGCCUGCUGCCCCACUUAAAAUGAACGUGCUUGAUUGAAUACCUCAACGCCUUUUACACAUAGUCCUUUCCACAAUGAUAAUUGGAAAUCUAUCCAUCUUUACCUUAAGCAUAUUCAAAGAUUCAGCUUCUGCAGAUCUUUAGGAUAGAGAAUUUCAAAGAUUCACAACCCCCUACCAAUAGGCAAUGAUAUUCAUGAGGAAAGCUGUGCAGCAAAAGGGAACAGGCAAGACUGUGAAGUUGAGGAUUAUCAGACCAGCCAUGAUCUCAUUGAAUGGUGCAGCAUACUCGAAAGGCCGAAUGGCCGACUUCUGCUUUGAUGUUUUACAGUCUUGUGGUCUUAUUAGCAUGCUAGGUAGAGUCCCACAAUGCUGUCUGUCCCUGGGAAAUGGGCAUAAUCUGCUUAGCAGCACUUCAUGAAUUAAUUUCUCUCUCUAUCAUUACAUAUGGCUUUUGUACAGAUACACAUGCUGAUACAAGAGCAGAAGUGGAGUAACCUGUGAGAAUAGGGGAUGUUUAAAAGCUUGAAGUGUUGCUAGCGUGAAAUGAUGUGUAGAAGCUAUUUAAAUAAAGCGAGACAUUUUAAACAGACAAUGAGCAAUUAAUUGAUGUUGUGGUGUGGGUUCAUGAGGGAUACAGCAGGCAAGAAAUGGAAAUAGGAAAGUCUAGUAUAAUGAAACAAAGUCAUGUUAAUAAGAUUAUAUAAAACAAACACAGAAUGAUGGUUCAUUUCUCGAAAGCUAACAUAGAAAAGUAGAAAACCUCUAUAGAAUAUUGGUUAGACCAUGAGUAUUGUAAACAUUUCCGGUCUCGAUAUUAGUAUGUAGAGACCUUGGAGAAGGAACAGUAAUGAUUUAUGAGAAUGACAUCAGAAUAGACUUAAUAUUAAUGGUUGAACAGAUUGGGGCCUUUUUCUGUAGAAGUAAGAAAACUGAGUGAUAAGCUGAUUAUGGCUGAUACGCACACAUCAAAUACAUUGAACAUAACAUAAGAACUAGGAGCAGGAGUAGGGCAUCUGGUCCUUCGAGCCUGCUCUGCCAUUCAAUAAAAUCAUGGCUGAUCUUUUUGUGGACUCAGCUCCACUUAUCCGCUUACCCACUUACUCCACUUUAAGAUUCUGAGAGGGUUUGAGAGAUCUAAAAUAGAGAAGAUAUUUCCACUUGUGGAUCAGAUCAGAACUAGGUGCCAUAAGUAUAUGAUUGUCAAUGAAACGAUUCAGGAAAUCUUGUGGUGCAAUGGGUAGCACCUCUGCCUCUAAACCAGAAGCUCUGGCUUUAAGUACCAGUUCAGGCCUUGUUGACCAUGGAAGGAGAAUCCAUGGCAUUUCUGAACAGCGAUAGUUAACAUGCUAUUUCUUCCAACAUAUUCAUGGCAGGCUGUAAGAAUGGGAGAGAUUUAUGGUCCGCCAUGCCUGAUGCAAAAUGGCACGAUUCAGGAAAUAAACAUUUAUCUCACUCUGAAACUGGAGAUGCCCAGGGUUUCCUGUGGACUGUGGCUAAUUACAGACUGUCUGCCAUAUAAAUCAAACAAGAAUUCAAGAGAAACAUUUUUAUUCAGACAAUGGUUAGUAUGUGAAACUCAUCACCUUAUGCAAUGAAUGGGGGAAAUAUUAUAAAUGCAUUUAAGGGGAUGUUAUAUAAACACACAACAAAGAAAGAAUAGGAAAAAUUCUGAUGGGGUUAGAUAACUAUAGAAAAUAAAUACCAACAUAAUCUUCUUGGGAUAUAUGUCCUGCUCCUGUAAAUGCUAUAUAUUUCUAAGAUGGACUCCAACAUCUUAAAGAAAGAGAAUUUUUACUGUUACCAAGGAUGCAAAUUAUUCUAAUAGAGGUCUCCUGCCUCAACUGCCAACUUAUCUUCCCCUACCAUGAAAUAUCAACAGAAUCAUGCUGAUGAUGUGAUGUAAGUGCUGGAGAAGUG